GCAAUAUUUCUCCUCCCUCUGAAGGACAUUUCAUGACUAUAAGCCUCAGUCUCAACACACCCAUCUUGAUAGGAAGUAUUCAACUCAAUAUAAUCAGUGCUUUUAAUCAGCCUCUGAUUGACUUGGGCUUGCUUACUAUUGAUUUCGACAUUUUGGCUCUUAAAGAAGGUAUUAGGAGCACCCAGCAGUUUGUUGGCAUGCAUGUAUAG